GUUCGCGUUUACGAUUGCGAUCGAAAGGUGCAUAUUUUACGGGUCUUAUUAGAUUCCGGUUCGCAAAGUAAUUUUAUCACAACUCGAGCACAUAAAUUGCUCAAAUUAACCAAAAACAAAGUGAAUAUGCAGGUUAUUGGAUUUAAUGACCAAUCAACUGAUAUCAAUUCGUAUUGUGAAGUAGAUCUCGAAUCUAUGAAACGAAAAUUCCAAACAAAGCACAUCGAGCUGGCGGACGAAAACCUUUUUAACCAAACAACCGAAAUAGAUAUUUUAAUCGGAGCCGAGCUGUUUUAUAACCUAUUAUGUAUCGGCCAGCAUCGACUUGGGGAAGGAAGCCCUACCCUACAAAAAACCAAACUAGGCUGGGUGAUAACCGGAGGCCUGACUACCACACUUGGAAAUCCACGGCUUCGACGUCAACAACGACGUCAGUAAGGGCGGAGGCAGCUACAGCAUUAGCUGAACAGUUCUACAUGGACGACCUGAUCUUCGGUGGCGAUGACGAGCAGCGAGUAACCGAGGUAGCCCAUGAAAUCUACAGGAUUCUGAAGGGGGCUAAUUUUCAUCUCUGCAAAUGGAAAUCCAAUUCGUUAUAUAUUCAAGGUCUUGACUCGGAAGCAUUCCUCGCAGCCUUCCGGAGAUUCACCGCACGACGAGGUAAACCGCGCCGUAUGGUAAAACACCAGUGGCGCUACCAGACUACGACUACGAUGACAUACCUACCAAUAAACUGAAAUAUUACCAACAACUCCAACAGAUGUACCAGAGCUUCUGGCGUGGAUGGUCCAGGGACUAUAUCGGCACUUUACAGCAACGAACCAAGUGGAGGAGUUCAAAGGGACCAAGUCUAACGGUAGGCACGGUAGUGCUGAUCAAAGAUGACCACCUCCCUCCCUGCUACUGGAAGCUCGCAAGAAUCACGGACACACACGCGGGGCGAGAUGGCAUCGUCCGAGUCGCGACAAUGAAGACAUCUACGGGAAACAUCAUUAAACGAUCUUUUGCAAAAAUAUGUCCAUUACCUAUAAGCUUAGAAUAAUAGUUACUUAGUUUGUUUAGUUAGCACAAUAAGUAUUACAUACUAUGUUAUUUAAGUUGUUAAAUAAACACAUACUACUUGUAUACCAGUAGGGACUAGAUUAUAAAAAAGAAGGUUAGGUCUGUGUACUUCAUUUAUUUAGAAACUGUGUUGAAGUUAUUUCCUCUCAUUGUAUAAUCACACUUUAAUUAGCUUCUCAUUACACUUUCAUGGUUUGAUUUUAUUACACUUAGUAUUAACUAGAAGUACAAGUAAAUUUUAUCUUCACAUUAUUUAUGUACAAGUAAAUAACUAGUAGUUGCCCUUUGCUUAACAUUUUCAUUUUUUUUCAUUUUCAUUUUACUUUGAAAUACUAAACCUUUUAUUUCAAGGGGGGCAAGAUGUUGUAAAACGCCACCUAUCGUGACUUAUGUCAAUUAACUCUAACGAUGCUCGAUAGAUGGCGUUGCUAGCGAACUUGAUUUUUACUACUGAACUGACCGCGCUCAAGACGGUUGCUCUAAAGUGGCUCUCAUUAUACUAGAACAUUCUA